AUGUCCAAAAAGAGACCGUUAGAGGAGAUUUCGCAGAACACAAUGUGCUCUCCUCCAAAGAGGCGAUCUUCGCUUGGAUUUGAAAUGGCCAGCAUACCAACAACAACAACAACACCACCACCUGCAACGACAAAUGAACCUAAUAGAAACUCAAAACUUCCUCAGCCUUCCACUACAAAAAACUCCAGCACUGAGUUGACCAAUGAGAACGACUUCCAAAGCAGGAUAUUAUCGAUACAAGAACGGUUAUCGAAAAAACCACCGAGGACCACAUCAGCUGCAUUUGAGUAUGGGAAUUCCAGUUCUACACCAUCUUCAUGUGGAUUGAAUGAGCUACAAGAGUCUCUUUCUUCACUUCAUCAAGAGUGUCGAGACAAGCAUCGCAAAUUGGAGCAUCUUACUGAAGAAUUGAGUCGGUUGCGCAGGAUACAUCGCAAUUACCAACAAAAGGUUGAAACUACCACGAGUGAAAUUGACAAUGCUUGUGCAUGGUUGGAGUAUAUGGAGGAGGAGAUUGUCAAGUAUGUGGCGAAUGAGGAGAAGUUGAUUGAGAUCAAGUUGGAUGAGAAUAGGAUGAAGUUGGAAAAUCAGUUUACUGAGAUUGAGUUUGAGAUGGCGAAUGAGGUGCAGGAGGUGAGGAAUUUUGAUUAUAAUGAGUUGGUUGAUAAGAUUGAUGAGUUGAAGUGUGCUGAGGUGGAUUUGAAGGAGGAGAUUAGGGUGCUUCUGUUCGAUCAUGAGGGGCGGUAUAAUGAAGAGGUUGACAAAUUGAGACAAGAGUUUGAAAUUAAGACAAGAGAAAUACGGCAACUUGAAGAUGAAUCUACUGCGAAACUAAAUAAGAUGAAGGAGGAGCUCGACAAGACUUCCAAAGAAUACCAAUCUCAAUUGUCUGUACUUGAAGUACAUGUGCAGCGAGUGGACAAGUUGAAAUCCGAGAUCACCAAUAUUGAAGAGACAAUGAAUAAUUAUACCCACCUCAGAAGAGAAGCAGAAGUAGAACUAUCACAACUCAAGCAAACAUUGAUGGAGAAAACGUCACGCGACAAAUUGGAGCAAAUGGAAUUUGACACUGUUCAGCUCGAAUAUAGCAACUUGCGUGACAAGAUAUCCAAUCAUGAUGAGCAUCGACGGAUUUUGGAGAAUUCGAUAAUGGAGUAUCGGGGGAAAAUGAGAGUAUAUGCAAUCACAAAUGACCUCGAGCACAAGAUCAUUUUCAACAAAGUAUUCGCAAGUGAUGCGCCCGCCAGCUUCAUCAUUGAUGAGUUUUCUCAUCUUGUGAAAAGUCUAACUCGAGGCAAUAACGUUGGUAUAAUUAGUCAACAUCUACGGGGGAGUACCAUAAUUUUGCAAACUAUUCAACAACUAGAAUCCUAUCGAGCCCAAUCGACAUCAUGGCAAUUUGAAUUCAAUUAUCAGGCAAUGUCAUGCAACUCAUGCGUUGAUUUAUUGAAUAACUCGUUGCCAUUUGCUCAAUCAAACUUGUUUGAAAGUCAAAAGAUGCGCAUCGAUGAUCCUCAGCAAGUGAGCAGUAUCAUAAAUGGGUUUAACACAAACAAGACUGAUGUUGUUGUCCAUGUGAUCACCGUGAAUGGAAUCAAGAAAAACAAGGGUUUUGAGAGUCGGUUGGUUGUGAUUGAUGUUACAGACGUUGGUUGCGAGGAACAAAUGACGAUUUUGCUGAAAUUGAUACGGAAUGAUAAAGUCACCUACUUGGACAGAGUGCUUGAUUGGGUUUCGAGCAAGAGUGCACCUUUAGUCAUUUCAAAAGUUACCGAUUCAAGUACAUUGAGUGUACUAAAAACAAUCAAUUCGACUGCUGUUAAUUGCAAAAAAGCAGUGCAUACAAUGUAA